UCUCAAUAAUUAUACUACGUUAUUAUUAAUUAUAUAAUUAAACAACCAAAAGCAUGUGAUUAAGACCAAGUAUUCCAACAGUUAUGGACUCCAUGAAUUAAGAAUGAGCUAGCCACGACGAAAAACGCGCCAAUUCCAACUCCCUUUUAAAAAAAGAUAAAAUUAAAUUGCAUAAUCUAAACCCCUUAAAACAGAAAGAGACAAGUAUAUAUCCAACUAACUACUUAUAAAUCAACGACUCUUCGAAAUUCUUGCCUCUUCUCCUAAUUAUCCUACUCAAUUCUACCAAUUUUCAUCUUUUGCAUCCAAUUUUUUGGGGUACAACUUUUUUGCCCCUCAUUUCACAAAAACAAAAUCUCUCCCAAAUUAAUUUUGCCAAUUUUUUUUUUUUUGUUUUCGAAACUUACUUUCCCUUUCUAUUAUCCUCUUUGUUUGUUGCAUUUGUUCUAAAGGUCUGUUUUUUCCUCUUAUCUCGAUGUUCAUUUCAAAGUCAUCACAUUAAAUUUAACCAUCUCCUUAUUUGGAGAUUGUAAAGAGAUCAUUAUAAUAAUACAAAGAAAGGUACGUAAGUCAAACGUUGUUGUUUGUUUAUUUGGAGGGAUCUAAGUUCAAAGUAAUGGAUCAAGCAGAACUCAAAAGAGUUUUUCAGAUGUUUGACCGGAAUGGAGAUGGGAAGAUCACGAAAAAGGAGUUAAACGAUUCUCUACAAAAUUUGGGAAUAUACAUUCCCGAUAGAGAGCUUAGUCAAAUGAUAGAAAAAAUCGACGUGAAUAAGGAUGGUUAUGUUGAUAUGGAAGAAUUUGGUGCUUUGUACCAAACAAUAAUGGACGAGAGGGACGAGGAGGAGGACAUGAGGGAGGCAUUCAACGUGUUUGAUCAAAAUGGUGACGGUUUUAUAACCGUCGAGGAGUUGAGAUCUGUUCUACAAUCAUUGGGUUUGAAGCAAGGAAGAACAAUUGAUGAUUGUAAGAAGAUGAUUAGCAAGGUGGAUGUUGAUGGUGAUGGAAUGGUUAAUUAUAAAGAGUUUAAGCAAAUGAUGAAAGGUGGUGGAUUUGCUGCUUUAGGUUCAUAGAUAUUUUAUUUUGUUUCGUUUUUUCUUGCUUAAGAUAUUUGAAGCCUCAAAAGAAAGAAAGAAAAACUAAAGGAAGAUUAAUAUAAACAAGAUUGAAGAAGAAAAUUAUACUUCGUAUUGAUUAAUCCUCAUUGGAGGAGGAUGCAUGGAAAGAGAUUAUAGUAAGAUCUCUAAUUUUUAUGAAAUUCAUGGAAAAAUUGUAUUUUUGAUUCUUGUAUAACCUAGAUUAUCAAUGAUGGGGUUUUGUUAACAUUGAGAUUUGUGAUAAUUUUCUUCAUUCUUUUUCUUUUCCUUUUCCUUUCUUUUUUAAUUUUUUGUACAUUAGUAACUAAAAUGCUGUUAAUCAUAGGUACAUUUUUUUUUAAUAUAUAUAUAAUUUUGUUUAACAUGGAAUAAGAAUUUUUAUGUUAUUGAAUCAAUUUGUAAAACAUGAUAAUAAGAUUGAGCUAUAUAAACAUCACCAUUAUUGUAAUCAUGGUUAUGCACAAGUCACAUAUUGUUACUCUGUAUAUUAUCUUAUGAAGAAUAUAUGUGUAUUGUCUCUAAUCGAUUCUAACUAAGCUAAUACGAGUUCAACCUUCAGGCCUGAUUUAACUCAAUCUUUGUCUCUAACCCGUGUUCAAGUAAUUAUACUGGUAACUGAUUUGCCCAUCCUUAAAUCAAGUAAUGAUCAGUACAAGCAUAAUAGCCUAAAGGAUCCUGGAUUAGUGGAUUGAAAAAUCGAAAAGCCUAUAGGACCAAACAGUUGACGACCCUCUUAUGAAAAUCAGAGGGUACACGGCGUACACCUGAGGCCCUGCAAAGCUAGGCUUAGACAGCAAGAACCGCGCAAAAAGAGUGUUUAUUAUCUCUAAGAACUUCAGGACCUGGAAAACAGACAAAAGGCAAUCUACAACAUCCAUGAUCUUCUAAUAACUCCAUCCAGUCUUACUGUAAUCAAAACUCCCGAAAAGCCUUCAGAGGUUCAACAGCCAAUCCUCUAGAUCUGGUUAUAACUGGUCAUGUGAGGGAUAAGGAGAAAGUAAAUAACCCGCUCAUGUAGUUUCAUGGCAAGACAUAGAAUGAUAGACUUCACAAAAAUGGAGUAACUUUCUUUUUGUGCAGUAAAGCUUUCAUUUAACUAGCAGCUAGCUAUGUUAACUUGACACCCUGUCGCACGUUGAGUGUUGAAUGUCGGAUCUUUCAACACGACACCUAAAUACGGAGUAUAUAGUCGCUUAAUAUAGAUUUUUGUAAAAUCUAGUGUCAGAGGAUCCAACAUAUCAGGCACAACACCCAAAUCCGGUCUAAGCAACAUAGACUGCUAGGCAACUUACUUUCUCUGUGGUGAGACAUAAACUACCGAGGAGGUUCAGGCAUACAGCUACAUGAGGUCACUACCUGGGUUUUUUUUCCAGUCAACCAAUCUACUUUCUAGUAUAUACUCCCAAAAGUUGGAAUUCUAAAGUCUUUCUACCUAAAAUUAACCACUAACUACAAUAUCUUAAAUAGUAUCCAAGUAAUGCCAGUUGAUUCACAUCCUUCAUUAUCUUUACACUCCCCAGUGCUACAAAACUCAGGAUCCAUAACAUAAGUCUCCAAAGUUCAUAAGAUCUCAGCAAACAGCGGUACAUAACACCAGUCCAUCACUGUCCAAUAACAAGCUAAACAAUUAACCAUAAUCUAAGGCAAGUCAUCCAGUCUAUAUAUACAUCAUCACC